AUGGGUACCGUUGGGAUGUCAAAGUAUGCAGUGGAUAAACUUGGUGACAUUGUUUUCAUUCAACUCCCUGAUGUCGGCACCAAUGUAACCCAGGACGGUGAGUGCGGGACAAUUGAGUCGGUAAAGGCCGCCAGUGACUUCUACGCCCCAGUCAGUGGAGUUGUGAAGACUAUAAAUGAGGCGAUUGAAAACAAGCCUUCGGUACUGAAUAAGUCCCCCGAAGAUCAAGGUAUGUGCUCAAUUUAUUUUUCCCAAUAUAUAUCCACUAUGUCGUCUUACAUAAACCAUCUCCCAUGCAAAUUUACUUAA